ACACAGAAGUGAAGGCAAAAAAGAGAGAGAGAGAGAGAGCAUUUCGUGCUGCUCGGAGAUCUUGUCCGAAUUUUUGAAGGGAGAAGAAGAGGAGGGAUUCGGUGGUGAUGGCUUCCGCUACCGCUUCCAUCUCGUCCCACUCCGUCGCCCUCCGCGACCUCAAAGCCGCGAGGAUUGGAGCCGUGAAGCAGCAGCAGCAGGUGGCCGCGGCCUCCCCGGCCGCGGGCACGGCGGCGAGGGCCCAGCGCGCGAGGGCGGUGCGCCCGCUGCGCGCGGCGGAGCCGGCGAGGCAUCCCGUCUCCGCCUCGGCCGCCGCGGCGCCGGCCCCCGCGCCCGCGGCGGAGGAGGCCCCCGCCGUCGAGGCCGCCCCCGUGGACUUCGAGGCCCUGGCCCAGGAGCUGCAGGGCGCGUCGCCGCUGGAGAUCAUGGAUCGGGCGCUCGCCCUGUUCGGAUCCGACAUCGCCAUCGCCUUCAGUGGCGCGGAGGACGUGGCGCUGAUCGAGUACGCGAAGCUGACGGGGCGGCCGUUCCGGGUGUUCAGCCUGGACACGGGGAGGCUGAACCCGGAGACGUACCAGCUGUUCGACAAGGUGGAGAAGCACUACGGCAUCCACAUCGAGUACAUGUUCCCGGACGCCGGCGAGGUGCAGGAGCUGGUGCGCGCCAAGGGCCUCUUCUCCUUCUACGAGGACGGCCACCAGGAGUGCUGCCGGGUGCGCAAGGUGCGGCCGCUCCGCCGCGCGCUGCGCGGGCUCAGGGCGUGGAUCACCGGCCAGCGGAAGGACCAGUCGCCCGGGACGCGCGCCAGCAUCCCCGUCGUCCAGGUCGACCCGUCGUUCGAGGGCCUGGCGGGCGGCGCCGGCAGCCUGGUCAAGUGGAACCCCGUGGCCAACGUCGACGGCAAGGACGUGUGGACGUUCCUCCGCACCAUGGACGUCCCCGUGAACGCCCUGCACGCGCAGGGGUACGUGUCGAUCGGGUGCGAGCCGUGCACGAGGCCCGUGCUGCCGGGGCAGCACGAGAGGGAAGGGAGGUGGUGGUGGGAGGACGCCACGGCGAAGGAGUGCGGCCUGCACAAGGGGAACAUCGACAAGGAAGGCCAGCCCGCGGCGGCGGCGGCGCACAAGGCCGGCGGCGGCGGCGCCAACGGCAACGGCUCGGCGGGCGCGCCGGACAUCUUCGAGAGCAGCGGCGUGGUGAGCCUCACCCGCGGCGGCGUCGAGAACCUCCUGCGGCUGGAGAACCGCGCGGAGCCGUGGCUGGUCGUGCUGUACGCGCCGUGGUGCCCCUUCUGCCAGGCCAUGGAGGCGUCCUACCUGGAGCUCGCCGAGAAGCUCGGCGCGGGCUCCGGCGUGAAGGUGGCCAAGUUCCGCGCCGACGGCGAGCAGAAGGCGUUCGCGCAGAAGGAGCUGCAGCUGCAGAGCUUCCCGACCAUCCUCCUCUUCCCGAGCCGCACCGCGAGGCCGAUCAAGUACCCGUCGGAGAAGAGGGACGUCGACUCGCUGCUCGCCUUCGUCAACAGCCUCCGAUGAGAGAAACCAUCGUUCUCGCGUCGAUCGAUGCCGUUUUGCCCGGCUGCCACACGCUCGUCCUACGCGUGCAUUACUCGCUGGGAAAUUCGAAGAGUUUUAGAGGUUCUGAUGCAGUGGCCGCGUCUAUAGCUUUCGCUGCUACUUCACAGGUUAAUCCUGGAAGCUCUCUGCUCAGUGAGAGGGCGACUUGUACUAGCUAGUAAUAACAAGAGUAUUGUAAUGGUAAUUAAUUAAAAUAAGAAUUUUGGGCUAUGGAGCUUUUUUGUCAUGGUAAGUGCAAAACUUCGUCGCUUGCAACUGGGCAACCACACGGAUCAGCAAAUGCAAUAGACGCGAUAUACAUCAC